UCCCAAACCUUGGCCCGAUAGAGGAGGAGGAGGAGGAGGCCGUGAGGAGGAAGAUGGCUCGGGAGCCCCAGGCAGAGAGGGAGCUAAAGCCAGAGACCAGGGAGGACAAAUCCCCACAGCAGAACCUCGUGGAGGAGGCCGUUUUGUGCAGCUCCAAAGCACAGGAAUCGAAGGGGAAAGAAAAGCCCCAGAGAUCUCUCACGUGGAGGGGCUGCAAAUGCAGAUCACGGGGAUCUGAGGAGGAAAGACCCACCCUGGGCCAGGGAGGGAGCUGGAGCUCAGAGCGGGGGGUCCAUGAGCAGCUUCAGGAUGGGGAGAAGUCUCACAAGUGCUCAGAAUGUGGGAAGAGUUUCUCCCUAAGAUCCUCCCUGAUCCGCCACAUGAGAAUCCACACAGGAACGGCCCUACGAGUGUGAUAAAUGCAGAAAGAGGUUUCAGAUGAGUUCCUGUCUCAUCAGGCAUCAGCAGAGUCACACAGAUUGAGAGACCCUUCUGCUGCCCCCAUUGUGCAAAGGGCUUCAAGAACAACUCCGGCCUCAUCACUGCCUGCGCAUCCACAGCGGG